AUGAAGGAAAACAAGAAUCGUUUGGAUUCUCAAUUAUGGCAUGCUUGUGCUGGUAGUAUGGUCCAAAUGCCUUCGGUGAAUUCAAAGGUGUUUUACUUCCCACAGGGGCACGCGGAGCACGCCUCAGGAAAUGUAGAUUUUAGGAGCUGCCAUAGAGUUCCGGCUUAUAUACCUUGUCGGGUUUCUACAAUUAAAUUCAUGGCGGAUCCUGAGACUGAUGAGGUUUUUACGAAAAUGCGAUUGGUUCCUGUUAAUGGGAAUGAGGCUGAUUUUGAUGAAAGUGAGGUUGUUGGGAUGAAUGGUUCUGAUAAUCCUGAUAAACCCUCUUCAUUUGCUAAGACAUUAACACAAUCUGAUGCAAAUAACGGUGGGGGUUUUUCUGUACCAAGAUAUUGUGCGGAAACAAUUUUUCCUCGACUGGACUACUCUGCUGACCCUCCUGUUCAGGCCAUUUUGGCAAAGGAUGUUCAUGGGGAGACUUGGAAAUUCAGGCACAUUUAUAGAGGGACACCAAGGCGCCAUCUCUUGACAACAGGAUGGAGUACUUUUGUGAACCGCAAGAAGCUCGUGGCAGGUGAUUCGAUUGUGUUUCUGAGGGCUGAAAAUGGGGAUCUUUGCAUUGGAAUCAGGCGUGCAAAGAGAGGAAUUGAUGGGGCACCGGAAAUGCCAUCCCUAUGGAAUCCGGCAGGUGGCAGUUGUGUCAUGCCUUAUGGAGUUUCAGACUUCACGAGGGAAGACGAGAAUAGAUUGACGAGAACUGGUAGUGGAAAUGCUGGCAGGAAUUUAAUUGGAAAGGGAAGAGUGAAGCCUGAAUCAGUUAUUGAAGCUGCAACUCUUGCUGCCAACGGAAAACCUUUCGAGGUGGUUUAUUAUCCUCGAGCUAGCACUCCCGAGUUUUGUGUUAAGGCGUCUCUUGUAAAGGCGGCGUUGCAAAUUCGUUGGCGCUCCAGCAUGAGGUUCAAGAUGGCCUUUGAAACAGAGGAUUCUUCACGAAUAAGUUGGUUCCUGGGAACCGUAUCGUCAGUUCAGGUUGUUGACCCUAUUUAUUGGCCGGAUUCACCUUGGAGACUUCUCCAGGUGAUUUGGGACGAGCCUGAUCUACUUCAAAACGUAAAACAUGUGAGCCCAUGGCUGGUAGAAUUAGUGUCAGACAUGCCUACCAUCCAUCUCUCUCCUUUUUCACCACCGCGAAAGAAAUUAAGGUUACCACAACAUCCCGACUUCCUUCUCGAUGGCCAACUUCCAUUGUCAGCUUUUUCGAGCAACCUCAUCCUUGGUUCCAGUAACCCGUUUGGUUGUCUUCUUGACAAUACUCCUGCUCGCAUGCAGGGAGCCAGGCAUGCUCAAUAUGGUCUAUCGAUAUCAGAUCAUCAACUCAGUAAGCUACAGUCGAAUUUGUUUCCAGUUGGUUUUAUGCCGCUUGAUCGAGCUUCUUUACAUACAGGAACUUCCAAUUUAAUCAUAACCAAGCCAGGUAACAACGAAAAUGUUUCUCGUAUGCUAUCCAUGGGAAAUUCCAACCAAGCUUCAAAAAGAAAUAAUAACAAGGCAGGCCAAUUUGUACUUUUUGGUCGACCAAUUCUUACUGAGCAGCAGAUUUCUCUGAGUCGCUCCGGUGGUACAGUUUCACCAAUUCGCACAGGCAAUAUUUCUUCAGGCGGAAAUGAAGAUAAGAUAGGAAAUACUUUUGAUGGACCAGUUUCAGCUCUUAAUCAACAUGAUGCACCAAAGCACUCAUUAUGUGAAGGAUUUCAUUCGGAGCUCAAUUCCGAAACCGGUCACUGCAAGGUUUUCAUGGAAUCGGAAGAUGUAGGUCGUACAUUGGACAUUUCUUUGCUCAGUUCUUAUGAAGAACUAUACAAGAAAUUGGAAAAUAUGUUUAAUGUUGAUAGUUCGGAGAUGCUGACUCAUGUUGUGUACUGGGAUGUCACAGGCGCAGUGCAAAAGCUUGGUGAUAAACCAUUUAGUGACUUCAUGAAAACAGCGAGAAGAUUGAAGAUUUUUGCUGAUUCAAAGAACAAUAAUCCUCCUACUGCCGAGAUAUCCGGUGUUUUCAGUGACAUGUUUCUGGAAAAUCUAUCCCUAGAAUAUCCGUACCUCGUUUUAUAUCUCUUGGAGAGUUUCCAACGUCCUGUUUGGAGCUUUGGCAUAUGUCUGGGAUCUUGUUACAUUUUACGUGCACGUGUUUUAAAGAAAAUUACGAUCAGAUUUAUAGCUGAAAAUUUCAUGACAAAGUCGACAAUAUUUGCCAAUCACCGGCGAUGA